ACAUUACGUAAAGGUCCGAGCCCUUCGUCACACUGUAGAAGCAGAUCACUCGACAGAUUAAUUUUUAAACAUAAUGUCUGGCAGAGGGAAAACUGGAGGCAAAGCCAGAGCAAAGGCAAAGUCCCGCUCCUCUCGCGCGGGACUCCAGUUCCCGGUGGGUCGAGUCCACAGGCUACUGCGCAAAGGCAACUAUGCGGAGCGCGUCGGUGCCGGGGCCCCGGUGUAUCUGGCGGCCGUGCUAGAGUAUCUGACCGCUGAGAUCCUGGAGCUGGCAGGCAACGCGGCCAGGGACAACAAGAAGACCAGGAUCAUCCCCCGGCACCUCCAGUUGGCCGUGCGCAACGACGAGGAGCUCAACAAGCUGCUGGGAGGUGUGACCAUCGCGCAGGGAGGAGUGCUGCCCAACAUCCAGGCUGUCCUCUUGCCCAAGAAGACGGAGAAACCGGCCAAGAGCAAGUAAAAGACUCCCCGCGAACCCCCGGAGCUCAGCCCGGAGCCGACCACUUUUUCAUAUCAGUGUUCUUUUUUGGGGGAUAAUCAACAUUUCAAAUAGGGGAUAGUGUGCGAUGUUUCCACAGUGAAAACAUUCAACCGCUUCUCAUCUGGACUAUUCAUAGACUGCUCAGUGUUUGUGUUGUCGGCUCUGGAAAAUGGAGGCGUUGUAUGAAGGCUGGGAAUGAAGGCCGCGAGAAAAAAAAACAGUUCUUAAUAUGGACCAAUUCUAAAAGGAGGGGGGAUUUAGUUUGCUGCUACAAACGUUAAAUUUGUUGUAUUGUUUUAUGUCAUGUUGUUUGAAUAAAGAUCCUGCAGCCUUUUGGCACAGGGAGAAUACA